AUGAGGCUCAUGGGCUAUGCAGUUUUGGCGGAAGCCAGCGGGAAGCUCGCAGGAGGGGGAUCUGGUGUAGGGUGCGCAGCUGGCGCCCUCCGACCGGCUGCUCACCGAGGGCAGCCCGGCGCGGCGCGCGGUCCUCGAGCGCGACUGCGAGGACCCGCGCCUGGUGAGCAACGUGCUGGAGAGUGGACCCUCGCGCCAGCUGGCUCGGACUGCACGCCAGGGCACAUGGGCCACUACAUCGAGCCCGUCCUGUGCUCGCAGGCCUGUCUGGCCAGGGGAGACGUCGAGGGUGCGGGGCUGUAUGUGAAGGCCUUCGGCCAUCGCCGCCACCCCGUGGCGAUACCGUGCAUGGACCCGGGAAUCUGGACGCUCACGCCGGAGGACUUCUACUCCAACUACCGUCGCGUCGUCCUCGCCGCCGGGGCGGUGGCCUCUUCGCCGGCCGCCUCCGCCCAGCUGCCCGUGGUCGCCUCCGCCGCGGACGAGGCCGGCGGCCGGGCCGCGCCCAGCGCGGCCGAGCUGAGGGCGCUGGCGUGGCGCGCGGAGUCCUCCGGGCGCGGCCCUGAAAAGGGGGCGGCCUCGUCGACCGCCUCGGCGCGGCGGCGCCGCCCGGCGCGGUCGUCGCUCGAGGCUUCCGGGCGUGCCCGUCGGGUCUGA